AAAAUAAAUUAGUAUUUUCUCUCCAUUAAUAUCACUUUACUUGUGAAUCAAGUAACAAAAGGGUCAUUUUAAUCAAAUUGUCAUUAAGUCUUUCUCUCUCUCCUACAUGAAAAUCACUCUCCUCUUCAUCGCUUCUCUCCACUCUUUGGACCAAACAGAUCCUGAGUGUCACUAUUAGUGUUGUUAAAUAGAGGCUAUAGCGGCAUUCGAACAAAUUUCUAUUAUCCCGCGAAACACUAUUUAGUACAAAAUAUUGUCAAAUUGCGGCACUAUAACAGGUUGCAUAGCAGACUUUGAAUAAACAGCUAUCUUUUGCGAUCAAAUUGCGGCACUAUAACAGGAAGCUGCUGGAUUCGCUAAUUUCUCGAGCUUGAUGGGGAAAGAAGAAUUCAAUCCAUUUGGGAGGCCUUACAAUUUUAUGGUGCCUCAAGAUCAAACUCCAAACCAACCUAUGCCCCCACAUUGGUCUACAACUAUGCAGGCUUAUUACAAUCCCGGGUCUGCUCCAAAUCCCUUUUAUAAUCCACUUGCAGCUGGUCCUUACUUGUAUCAGCAGUACAUGUGGCAGAAUCAGGCAAACAAUGCACUACUUCAUUAUGAUGCUCUAAACGAUCCCGCUAGGCUCUCCAAUAAACCUCCUGUAGCUAAGGAUGCUACACUGGCCUUUUCAGAAAUGGUACGCAGGAAUAUUGGCGAAGGAAAGCAAGAUUUCAACAAAUUAUUUGCUGGAAACUCACAACCUUUAAGUUUAAUAACUGGGGAUUUGAGAGAAUAUGGAAACACAUCUUCAGCACCAAAAAAUGUCAGGGAUGGAACCUCAAUAAGUGUACCAAGUGGAAGCAAGAGAUCACCAGAAGAAGAACAAGAGGGCACUAACAAUGUUUUUCCUUCAAGUUUGACACUGAAACCAAACAUGAUUAUUGGGGAUGAAAAUCCAUCUGGGCUGACUCAAAAUUUGGAGACAUUUGCAAAGGAAUCUGAUGCUGAUGCUGAGACUCAACUAAAAAAUAUGGAAGGUAGUGAUGAUAUAAGAAAAGAAAGGAAAAGACAGUCAAACAGGGAAUCAGCUAAGAGGUCAAGGAUACGAAAACAGCAAGAAUGUGAAGAGCUAUCUAAAACGAUAGAUACUCUUAAGGAUGAAAAUUCCGUCCUAACACAAAGGCUCGUUACACUUUCUGAGGAAUGUCAGGAGCUCACCAUUGAAAACAAUUCCAUUGAGGAAGAGCUAGUUAAGAGGUAUGGAUCAGAAUCAAUUGCAGACCUAUUGCUCAUGAAGCCUGUUUCUGGUGGAUUCCCAAAAUCAGUUUGAGAUAGGAAGCAUCUUACAACUGAUCUGAAUCUUUUAUAUAUUUUUAUUUGGGAUGGAAUUGAAUUUUGACUUCUGCUUUAAGUUGUCAAUCAUAUCAGACAUAAUGAUAUAUUUGUAAAUCAACAUUAAAAUAAUCUUUUAUUGGAAAUUAAAUUUUGAGAUUUUAAAA